UUUUUUUUCUAUUUUAAAAUUUGAUUAAUCUCUCCCUUCACUCACUUUCAUCAACAGCACUGCCUCCAUCAGCCCUCAUACACAUGCCAAGAGAGAGGUGCAGAGAAAAAAAAAAAAAAAAAAAACAAACAAACAAAAAGCAAAAGUGAAUAGAAAGUGGAGAGAAGAGAGGUAGGGAUGGUGAUUAUAUUUUUGUUCUUGUUCUGUUUUUUGUGCUUCUAAUCCAGGAUAUUCGUUUCAUUGAGUGGCUCACUUUUUUUUUUCUUACUAAUGUUUUCUUCUUCAGCUAAGUGCCCUGGUUUCAAGAAUAGAAAAUUGGGUUUCUUUCGGAUUUGAUUAUAAGGGUUGUUUGUGGUGAACUGUGGCGCAAUCUCUUUUUUUUUUUUUUGUUUCCCUCUGUUUUCCUCUGCUUUUGGAGCUACUUUGAUAGUAGAGCAGUGAUAGUACUUGAGUUUCAAGCCAACCAAAAUUUUUGGGAUUCAACUUUGAGGUUCUUAAGAUAGAUCCACAUAAAAGUAGCUGAUUUUUCUGGGUGAUCACUUUGUUAGAUUAGAUGAAGCUUUCCAUGAAAAAACUUCAUAGAGCUACUUUCUUGGGAAACAAACAGAAGCUUUGGUUCUGUAUUGCUUAGGGGUGGUCCUUCUAGGCUUUUGGUAUUCAGUCUUGAUCUGAUCAAAAACCCUGUCCAGAAAAGUUUCUGAAUUGGGGUUUUUGAGUCCUUCGAGUCUGGAGUAUUUUUGAAAGAUAAUUGAAAAGGUAAAUGGAGUCAGAUCAUCAACACCACUAUCGCCAUCUUCUGGAUUAUCAUCAACCCCAACACCAUCAAAAACAGAUGAACUCUGGCUUGAUGAGGUACCAGUCUGCACCUAGUUCGUAUUUUUCAAACAUCUUGGACAGAGAUUUCUGCCGAGAGUUUCUAAAUCGACCAUCAAGUCCAGAAACAGAACAAAUUAUCGCCGAUUUAUCUAGUGGAGAUGCUGGUGGCGAUGGCGGUAAUACAGAGAACAUUUCAGACCAAAAUCUUUAUACGCGGAAUUCACCUAUUAGAGAAACAGCUGUAAAAAUUGAGCAGCAAACGCAGAUUAUUACAUCAAUGAAUAAUCAAACAGGGGUUAUGCAGCAACAACAACAGCAGCAGGGAAAAUAUUCAUCUGCUUCACAGAAUUUUUAUCAAAGCCAAACUCAACAGCAUUUACCAAAUGAGCAAUCAAGUUCAACUAUGGAUUAUAGGAUUCCAAAUUCAACGGGGAUGGCGCGACCAACACAAAUCAAGAUGGGCGGUGGCAAUAAUAACAAUCUUAUCCGACACAGUAGCUCACCUGCAGGGUUGUUCUCUAACAAAAACAUUGAAAAUAUUGCAGGCUAUGGUGUGAUGAGAGGAAUGGGAGAAUAUGGAAGCUCUAACAUCAGUAACAGAGAAGCAGUAUUUGCUUCCGCAAGCAGGCCACCUCCUUCUGGGUUGAUGAGUCCUAUUGCCGAGAUGGAAAACAAAAACAUGGGUCCAAAUAGCUCAGAAAAUGCUGGAUUUGGUGAAAGUCGUCACAACAAUUAUUCCUCAGGGUUUCCCGUUACUUGUUGGGACGAUUCAAUGAUAAUUUCUGAUAACAUGUCAGACGUAAAAAGAAUCAGAGAAGAUGACAGAUCACUUUCUGGCUUAGACUUAGACGGAGCAGAAACUCAGAACACAGAUACCGGAAACCGUCCACCGCCACUUUUGGCUCAUCACUUGAGUUUACCAAAGAGUCCACCUGAUAUGUAUGCCAUUGAGAAGUUCUUGCAGAAUAAGGAUUCUGUACUUUGUAAGAUUCGGGCCAAGAGAGGUUGUGCCACUCACCCUAGAAGCAUUGCUGAGAGGGUGAGAAGAACCAAAAUAAGCGAGCGCAUGAGGAAACUGCAAGACCUUGUUCCAAACAUGGAUAAGCAAACAAACACUGCCGACAUGCUAGAUUUGGCUGUUGAUUAUAUCAAAGACCUCCAAAAACAGGCCAAGACACUCUCGGAUAAUCGGGCAAAGUGUUCGUGUGCUGACAAGCAGCAGCAAUAAAAAUGUUUGUUUGUUGUGACUUCAUUAUUGUUACCUAUAGCAAUCAGAACCUUUAGAAUUUGCAAAAAGCAGAUAUGAAAGCUAGCAAAGCACGAUGUUCUUUUGCACUCGGAAAAAAAAAAAAAAAAAACGAGGUAUUUAUUAUCUGGGUUUGAAUUCUGUAAAAUCCAAGCCCAUUGAUAUGCUAUAAUAGAAACCGAUCCAGCUUUAUAGUAACAAGUGAUUUUUAUGUUGUAAUAA